CUCCUGUGUUCAUUCUAAAUUUUGUUGGGAAUGCCCUCAUGUUCGAUGAUCGAGUGUCUCGAUCCAGUACUUCAUCUACUCAAAUAAUCGUCAAAAAAUACUUUUCAAAGUCAACCUCUCCCAACACAGAGUCUAGUAGAACAUACCUUCCACGGCGAAACUUCCUCAUCAUCGCCAUACAGUCUCGUCACCAGCGUCCGUUAGUCAACACGACCACUUGCUGCAGCACACGAUACGCGGAAUUCCAUCAUGUUUUCCAAUCUCAUUGGCCACACUCGGGCCUUACUCCCUCAAGGGAACUCUAACGACCACAUCGGAACUGACCUCGGUGACUUUGAUCAAACCCCUCCUCCAAGUUCACGCACGUCCGUGGACAUGUCAAGAAGCGAGGAUAUGGGAUCAAAGGCUAUCAAAGGGUUGAGAACGAACCAUGAAACCGUAUCCCUUGAUUAUCGUAAAUCACCAUUGGACGAUCCAGAGGUUACUAGUGCUAAUAAGCCGACUCCUCUUGCGAAGAGUCGGCAAUUCGAACCCGCAGCAGAACCGACAAAUAUUCUCGGCGCUCUGCCUGUCCCCCUUUACCACGAAACAUCUAUAUCACAGAACGGGGCGACUGUACAGCACAGCCGUCUAGAAUAUUCGGCGGGUGACCAGAAUGACCACGAAUCUGAAGACAUUCCAGGGACUACAGGGGCUUUGCGCGCCGACAAUGACCUCAAGUCAUCACGAGGCGAUAUUGGCCCGCGGCCAACUCUCGAACAGAACUCACCUAGACCUAAGAGUAUCUUGUCGAACAAAGACUAGAAGUCUCGGUCUCUUC